UUUUCUUUCUUCUUUUUUUAGUGGUAUGCGUGCAACAGAGAGAAAUUAUGCGAAUCACUGCAAGCUGUGUUUGUUCAGAGUUACCUCGAUCAAGGAACGCAGAUCUUCUUAAACAACAGCAUUGAGAAAUCGGGCUGGCUGUUUAUCCAAUUGUAUCACUCCUUUGUGUCAUCUGUUUUUAGUCUGUUUAUGUCUAGAACAUCUAUCAAUGGGUUGCUCGGAAGAGGCUCAAUGUUUGUAUUUUCCUCAGAUCAGUUUCAGAGACUGCUUAGAAUUAACCCAGACUGGAAAACCCAUAGACUUCUCGACUUAGGUGCUGGAGACGGAGAAGUCACAAAAAUCAUGAGCCCUCACUUUGAAGAAAUUUACGCCACUGAGCUGAGUGAAACGAUGAUAUGGCAGCUUCAGAAGAAGAAAUACAGAGUGCUCGGUAUAAAUGAAUGGCAGAAUACAGGGUUCCAGUAUGAUGUCAUCAGCUGCUUGAAUCUGCUGGACCGCUGUGAUCAGCCCCUGACUUUGUUAAAAGAUAUCAGAAGUGUCUUGGAGCCAACUAGAGGCAGGGUCAUCCUUGCCCUGGUCUUACCCUUUCAUCCCUAUGUGGAAAACGUAGGUGGCAAGUGGGAGAAACCAUCGGAAGUUUUGGAAAUCAAGGGACAGAACUGGGAAGAACAGGUGAACAGUCUGCCUGAAGUUUUCAGGAAAGCGGGUUUUGUUAUCGAAGCGUUCACCAGACUGCCGUACCUGUGUGAAGGGGACAUGUACAAUGACUACUAUGUCCUGGACGACGCUGUCUUCGUCCUCAAACCCGUGUAGCCCGUGGGCCGCAGUCUGCAGAGCCUGCGCCAGUGUCCCUCCGAGCAGCAUCUGUGGUCUCCAUCACGCGAGGGAGGAGCUCGGGACUGUCGUGCUAAAUAUCAUGUAGGAAUUUAAAAAGCCAAAAUACUAAUUAUUUCUUCGUAGUGUGUAAAAGGAAUGUUUUUUUAAAAGCCAAGAACCCAACUCUUUGAGGAUUUUAUCAGCUCUUACUCAAUGCAGGUCUCACUCCAAUUAUGGAAGAUAUUUUUUAUACUUAAUUGCAGUGGGGACUCCUUCCCAGUCCAAGCAAUAGCCAUGACUUCCCAUGGCACCGAUAAAUGCGGAUGGUUUUUAAUAAAAUGAAGACUGGCAGUAAAGGCCUCCGCUCAGUUGCCCAUGCUGGUGAUAAGGUGUAGCCGCCCUCUUUCAUGUCUAGACCUUCUUUCUGUCCUUACUCAAGACACUGUUUUUAAUCAUGCUAAUAAACUUUUUUGGAGAUGA